AUGGGCAACUCGCCGAGCCGUGCCGUGAAGGAGAAGAGCUUCCAUGGAGACUGCGCUGAGGUGCCAACGCCACCUCCUUCCUCUCCUGGAUGCGGAGGGUCUGAACCUGCAUCUCCUGCAUCGACGUCGACGGGGUCGACAGACGAUCGGUUCUCGUUGACGCAGUGGAAGUUGUUCAAUGACUUGGAGACGCGCGAAGAAUCCGACUUGCUCGAACUCACGUCGUUCCUCCACGCCCUCCACGAGUACAUGCCCAGCCGAGACGACAACAGUUUGUCGAGCAAUCAGUUGAGCAUGGCGAUGUCUCGAGCCCAAAUCGAUAUCUCCGACAUGUACAAGGGUAUUCGGUUGGACAACCCAUUGACGCCACAGAACGCCAUCGACCUCGUCGAUGGGUUCAAGCGCCACCAACCCCUUCAUCGCGACUACGCGAUGCAGAUUCUCUUUUCGACGCUCGCGAUGCUGCAGGACAAACCAAAUGUCACUUAUCUUGACAUCGCGCCCCACCCCCACAUCACGGUCGUCGGGGAUAUACACGGGCAAUUGGACGAUUUGCUGCUGAUCUUCGACGCAAACGGGUUGCCGUCCCCGACGAACCCGUACGUGUUCAACGGCGACUUGGUCGAUCGCGGCCCGCGUGGCGUCGAAUGCGCCCUCCUCGUCUUUGCGUUCAUGCUGGUCUACCCCGAGGCUGUCCACGUGAAUCGAGGCAACCACGAGGACAAGUUCAUCAAUGCGUCCAUGGGAUUCAUGAAGGAAUGCAUGGCCAAGUACGAUGCAGACGUGUUCGACACGUUUGGGUAUGUGUUUUCGUGGCUGCCGCUCGCGGUCGUGUUGAACAAGCGGAUUCUGAUCGUGCAUGGCGGGGUCCCGCGCCACCACACGUUCCGUCUCGACGAAAUGAACGCGAUUCCCCGCGCCGACUACGACGUGUGCCGCUUCAAGACGCGUCCGAAAUCCACGAGUCCGCCCCUCGAGAAAGCGCAGUUCAAACAAAACCAAAUCGUCCAGGACAUUCUGUGGAGCGAUCCGAUGACGACGGGCGCGGACUGGGUCGAGAACCGCCGUGGCGCCGGCAUCUACUACGGCGCGCACCAUGUCCACAAGUUCAUGGCGCACAACAACCUCGACUGGAUCAUUCGUUCCCACGAAUGUGUGCCUCAGGGGUUUGCAUGGCCAUUUGGAGACAAAGGGAUGCUUGUCACGCUGUUUUCUGCGUCCAACUACUGCGGCGUCGCCAACAACUUGGGCUGUUUCAUGCGCAUCCCAAGUUCCCGUGAUGCCAAGCCGUCGUUUUACCAGUACAUGGCGACAACGUCGGAGAGUGAUUUGGUAGCGACCAACCUGGACGGUCUGUUUGACAUUAUCGUGACACACCGCGAGGACCUCCUUCGCCAAUUUCAAGCGGUCGAUUCGUCCAGCACGCAAUGCGUGUCGACGGCACAAUGGGAUGCCGUCAUGCAGCAAACGCUCCAGAUGCACCUCAACUGGGCCAGCAUUCGACCACUUCUUACGUCGACGGAAGCCAACCAGACGAUCGACUAUGUCGAGUUUUUGAAUCGGUACCAAGCUCGUGGCACGUGUGGUGCCGACGAUGCGGCGGCAACGCCGGAAGGACCUGCCGACCGGCGCGACGUGUUCAACAACAUGUAUCGGUAUCGCAAGCGGCUCCAAGCGCUGUUCCAAGUGUUGGAUCAAGAUGGGAACGGGACAAUCACACUCAACGAACUCACGGCCGGCAUCGACAUCCUCAACAAGCACCUGCCGCCCGGGAUGAAGCCGUUCACGCACCCUGAAGAGCUCAUGAACGCGCUCGACUUGACCCACGACAACGCGAUCAACAUCAACGAGUUCAUGGAGUGCUUUCGCAUCCACGCCAACCUGACGUCGCAGGCCAAGUGGCGUCGCGCACGGUCCAAGCUCAAGAUCAUGUCGGCAUUGGGGAUGCUCAAAGUUGUAUCUGCCGCGCCGAUUGUAACUGCGUCCGACGUAUCGUUUGACAACCCCGCGGCGGCCGACAGUCCACUCGUCUCGCCGCCCUAG